UGGAAAACGACAGCGUUUCCGUAUGUUGGGUUUUAGGGUAAAACCUCCAGCCGUUACUCCCAUUCGAAGAGGCAGCUGUUGGAGCUUUCCUCGCUUGAAUCACUGCUAUACUUCACCUGUGUUUGAAUCAAAGAAACUUUCAAAUAGCUAAAACCAUUGAUUCCGACCCAGAGAAAUCAACAACUAACCAUUAUCUAGAAGAACAAGAAGUGAAUAUUUUGAUUAUCUCAUCAAAAGAUGCAGCACGAUGAGGUUAUAUGGCAGGUUAUCAGGCACAACCACUGUAGUUUCAUGGCCAAAAUCACGACUGGGAAUUUCUGUAGAAACCCAUACAACGUGACCGGGAUUUGUAAUAGAAGCUCUUGUCCUCUCGCUAACAGUAGAUAUGCCACCAUUCGUGAUCAUGAUGGAGUUUUCUAUCUGUAUAUGAAGACUAUAGAAAGGGCUCACAAACCAAAUGAAUUGUGGGAAAGAGUUAAGCUUCCCAGAAAUUAUGAAAAGGCUCUUGAGAUAAUUGACAAACAUCUGACUUAUUGGCCUAAAUUGUUGGUACACAAAAUAAAGCAACGGUUGACGAAAAUGACUCAGAUGCGCAUUCGAAUGAGGAAGCUUGCUUUGAAGACAAGGGAAAAGAUCAUGACAACGCCAAGAAAACUGGCAAAGAGGGAGGCUAGAAGAGAGGAAAAGGCUGAAAAAGCAGCCUUGUUGAAUAAGAGUAUUGAGAAAGAAUUGCUGGAACGCCUUAAGAAAGGAGUUUAUGGUGACAUAUACAAUUAUCCUGCUGAUAAGUAUAAUGAACUACUUGACAUGGAUGAACUGCAGGUUGCAGGUGAAGAAAAAGAAGAGGAGGAACCUGAGGUUGAAUAUGUUGAGGGAUAUGAUGAUCUUGAAGAGGAAGAUGAUAUAGAAGAUUUUGUUGGGCUUGGAAUCAAUGGCUCCCAUGCAUUUGAUGGUGAUAAUGUUGGAUUGGAUGAUGAUGAUGCUGAAGCGGCAGAAAAAGUUGAUUGCAAGAGAGGGAGAAAAGAAUCUACUUUGGCUUCAAGAAAGCUGGAGAAAGAUGAAUCUGGUGCUAAAUUGAAGAAGAAAGCAAGGGUACUUGUUGAGGUUGAGAAUGAAGGUGCUUCCGAAAGGCAAAAGGCAGUCUAUUGAGUGCUAAAGGAUGGUUUUAUGAGUCAAAUACCCAUAUUUGUCAGGUUGAGUGUAGAUUAUGAUGGUGAGAAGUGUACUUGGCAGAGACGAAGUUGCUUGAAGCCAUGCAAAAUUUUGAAUGCAUCCAGCACCCUUUCUUCACUGUUCUUCCUUCUCCCCGUCAGAAUUUUUUUUUGUUUAACUCGGGAGACAUUAUGUUAGAAUCAGUUUUGAUACAUAUAUAUAUAUAUAUAUAUAUAUAUAUAUAUAUAUAUAUAUUUUUUUUUUUUUUCUCAUUAUAGAUAAGGUUUUAUGAGUUUUUUUUAACCUUCUUUGGUACAGUGAUUUUGGCUGAUAUCUAUAUCAUAUUCCAAUUUAGGAAUAGAAACCACUUAUUUUGUUUUGAUUUAGUGGUUAUGGUGAGGGUUGGAACGACAGCCAUUGAAGUAGAUGUUCUACCAACUUUAAAGCUCCACUUUAUUCGUACUGGAAUGAAUAAUGUUUUUGGCUGGGAAA